AUGGCGCUGAGGUGUUUUCAGUUCGGGCGUUCGCCACGAUAUUUUUCUCUAGCAGUUAAGGCGUUCUGUUCAAAGGUGAGUUCGUUAUUAUAAUUAGGUAAGUAAACGGUACCUUUCUGUUGACAAUUCUCUCGUUCAAUUCUUUUCAGGCUGUUAUCGAUCGAGGCGUUGUUCUAGGCGUGUAUGAAAACGAAAGUAGAGAAUUAGGACUUGCGGAAGACGCAUUUACGGACGCGACGAAGAAGUUCAACGCAAGAACAUCUGGGAGGCUCAGAGAAAUGAUUAGACUGUAAGGAGAGAAUUCGUGAAUUCAUCAAACCUAAUUCAUCCUAUUCAUUUAUUAACAGUCACAUCUACGAAUUCUAGCUUUCAAGGGAUACGAUUUCAUGAUCUCACGCAUGUUAAUGGUGGCUUGAGGCCAAUUUGCAUAAAAUCUUAAAAUGGUCAUUGUUUUGUAAUUUUUACCAGAAUCUUUCAAAAACUGGCAACGACAGAAAAAAAUCGGUGGGCUUACUUUUUCUUUGACAUGAGAAACUGCAUACUUGUGUCACAUGGCCUGUUAUGGUCAAGUUCAGGAAAGAAGAGAAAAUACACAAAGAUUGAAUUAUGGGGUGGCGAGAUGCCACACAGUAGAAUUUAAAUACAGUGAUUUUGUCAUUGUAUCAUUGCUCCUCACAUAAAAGUGGCAAUGUGCAAAGAAAGUAAUGUCUGAUAGCCCGGGGCUAGUGGAUUUUGCCAUUGGGCUAGUGAAUUCUGUUGUUAACUUGCCUGUCGAAUAACAGAAGAGCUAUGAAAUCAAUUCUGCUCGUCAAAAAGCAUCUGGGGCAAGUACUGACUACCAGUAAGUCAGUAAAUAACAGAGAAAAUGCCUUGCCUUCUGCUACUGAAGUUCACAUUUCACACUCCCAGUGAUGUUUAGUGUCACCAUCUUAUAAUUACUGGCCCAUCUCGACUGACCGAAAACCAGGAAAUGCUUUUGAUGCUAAACAAAAUAAAAAGGGGAUGGCUAGCUAUUAUAAGGGGUUUUUGCGGUGAGAGAAAAUCCUGCUUGCCACAUUUCUUAUGAGUUUUGAAUGCCGCCCACUUUUGUCACCUUGGUUGGAACUAUUUGAUUACCCAAUCAUGAAGAGGGGUAUAAUACGAAACUGACCUGCAAACGAGCCAGGCUAAGAGUGACAAAACAUAGCACAGAAUCAAGUCACAGACAAAACAAAUACAUGUAGUAAGUUAUUCAGGAUCCAGGCAGGGCAGUUACUCCAACCUGAAGAAACCAAGAACUAAUAAAUUAUUAAGCGGUUAUUUUGCUGUAAGAAGAAGCUUAUAUAACGCUUCAAAAGAGUUCAAAGAAUUCCCUAACCUACUUCAGAGGUCAAAUUCUGUCAGAGACAAAAACCACAGGAAAUCAAUGCACAGGUAGGAAACAAAUCUGCCUCGUGACCUGUAAAUCGGCAAAGAUAACAUUAAUUUUGCUCAGUCAAAAUGAAGCAUCCUCCACAGCAUACUCCACCCGCUUUUCUAAGAUGUCAGUUUUCAAUGAUCAAGCGCUCUUUUGAUGUUGAGCUCAGCUCGACCAGAGACUUUGCACUGGGUGACGAAAGGCAAUAAUUAUUGUCUGAUGUGCUUUUUUUAUAGAGCCAAUUUCCUGUUGUAAAACAAGGUUAGUUCCAACCCUUUGGAUAGCAGAAGACGUGUCUUAAGUUUUGAGAUCUUUUUCCCUCAAAAAAUGUCUUUCAAGGAGUUGGUUCAACCUCACAUCUUAUGGUGGAGAGGAGCCUGUUAGCUUGCCUAAGUAUAUUUCAUUUCCACGUGAACACACUUACUUUCCCUUGGGAGAGACUAGAGAUUUACAUUAACAUAUGACUGAUGUAUUAUCUCUCAGCCAAUCAGAAACUCCUGUACGCUUGGUUGGCGGACUAUUCAAAAUACCCAAGAAUUAGGGCAGGCGCGAUUUCAAUUUGACUUGCUCUCAAACUUCACGUGGCUCCACCUCCAAAAAACUACAGUACUCGCUGCUAAUCCUGCCAGCUACGCAGGCUAGGGGGUGGCCUAUUAGCAGUGUUUGCCCAAAAUACUGAAGAUAAUUAUAUGGAUGGUGUGUGAAUGUCACAGUAGACUACAAUAGUUUCUAGAAUAGCACGGACUAAAUUUUUGAAGAAGAAAUUUCUACUGUAACUUAAUUCCCAUAGCCUCAAUUUAUAUUCAUAUUAUUGAGGCUUACAUAAUGUAUGAGGCUGUGAGGAAAUCGUACCAUACACCAUAAUUUAAUAUUUAAUUUAUUGCUUGGUCAUGAUUUUAUUUAAAGGUCUGGAUUUGAGGGAAAGAUUGGUAAAUCCAAAGCAUUCUUUGGCAUUGAUAAGGUUUGUAUAACUUUUUUGAAUUUUUUUCUUGAAUAUUUCCUUGUUUUUCCAGCUCUUAGGAAUUUCAAUGUAUCAUGUUCAAAAUGUAGUAAAAGGUCUUUUAACAUACAUGUAUAUGUGUAAGUAAUCAUUAAACCAAUUUGUUCAGAUACUGUAGCUUCCCUGUCUUACUUAAUGCAUAUUACGGAAAGUGGUAGAUUCCAGCACAGGAUGUUAGAACACUGUUAUUUGGCCAUGGGCAACAGAAACAGUAGAAAUAUUGUGAAACAAAUUUAAGAGAUAUUUAGGUAAAUUGAUGGCAACAGGAAGUGGUAUUGAUUUUGUCACUCAGGUUUCCAUUGCUAUGAUUGAUGUAUUUCGCUACUUCAUCUGUUCUAAAUCCAAACUGGUGUGAUCAUAGCCUUCCAUUUUUUUGACAUGAUUAUUAGGACUAUCCAUGUGUUGUGGUUGUUGGACUUGGUAAAAAGAACGUAGACUCUGACUUAGAGAUGAAUGAAGAAGACCAGAAAAGUGGUAAUCUUAGGCAAGCAUCGGGAGGUAAAGCACUUGUAGUUUUUACCCACUGGAAAUAUUAAAGCUGCCUCUAAUUUUCAUUAACUAGUAACGUUGGAAAUACUCUUGAAACCCAUUGACACCUCAUUCACCUGUUACUGUAGGCUUCAAGUACAGCCUUCGUUCCUCACUCCUCACUACUAAGGAUGUUUUGCCGGAAGCGACAUCUGUGCCAGUGACAGAAAUUCCAUGACGUAAAUCAAUGUUUGUAUUAUUAAUCCGGUAAUCACAGGUUUUAUGGAUGUCCCCCUUGAUGAAACAUCCAUAGCAGGAAGCUAAGGGGCAAGGACAGAUGGCUGUAUUCCCAGGCUAUAUCCCAUGUUCCUUGCUGCCCUUCUCAUGUCAUCAGUUUUUAUGUUGGUCAUCUUCAGAACCAAAAUUUAUGUGAGUGAUUCAGUCCAGCUACUCAAAGUCCUUGGUACUUUUUGAAGAGAUUUUUAUAUGAGAAUGAAGCCUUUUAAAAGCCCAGAAAAAGAGAAAACUAUGAAAAAAGCUUUAAAUUUGCUCAUCUUCUAAUGCCUCCAUUUUGAUGCAAACUUCUUUGGUGGUCGAUUUAUGCACUGUAAAAUGACCAAACAUUUUCAGAAAUGGCUCGAUCCACCAGCCAUGGGGAAGGAACGUUAUGGCAAAACCCUAAGAUUUGUAGACUGAGGAUGGAGUCAUACUGACUUCAACAAGAGUAAGAGAAAUUUUAAAAAUCAGCAGACCUAUUUUGGAUUUUCUGUAUAGGUUUUACUUUCAAUUUCUUUGUUUUUUCUAAGAGGUCAUUUACCAAUGUUGGGUAAUUGGCACAUUGUGUUUUAACUUGAGAAACUCUCUUACAGUUGGUGUUAAGGUUUUGAGGGACUGUGGAGUUCAGAUAGCAGAAGUAGAUACCUGUUCUAAUCCUCAAGGUAAACUGUAUAAAAUUUAUUUUUUGCAAUUCUAGAUCAUUGGAAGAAACUUCAUGUUAACACAGAUGAAGAAAGUAAAAUUCAAGUAAUAGAACUACAUUCACAUGUAAGAGUUAUAUGUAUAGAUAUUUAGUAUAUACACACUCAGUGAUCUUGGUAAUUCAAGCAAUCUGAUUGGUUAGCUAUCUCGGACUAUGACGUUAUAUUCACCGCGCUAGGCGGUGAAUAUAAAGCCGAACAAAAUCGCUGUCGUGAACUGGGUGUUUUGCCAAAGUUUCAAAGUAAAACCUUUUUGAAAAUACACGAAUAUCCAAGUGCUGAUGACUUUGAAGGCAAGAAAAGACUUCAUGGUGUUUAAACAGCGUGAUUUAUUGUGGAGUGGUUUACUUUAGCUGACUUUUUUGUACGCUCGAAGCUAUGUUUACCACUACAGAGGAAAACGAGGUCGCUUUGUCACUGUUUUGUGAUUUCGGGAUUUUCUCGCAAGACCAAUUUUGCCUAUAAAUAGAAGUUAAUUUAUGGAGAAGAGAGGAAGGCAAAUAUUUUCGAAAAUUGUACGUGCCAGCAAGUUAACAAGGCAAAGAACUUUGGAGAUAAUCAACGCUCACCUUGAUCGCAGCCGCUGUUGACAGCAUUUGCAAGAAGCGACGAAGAAAACUUUCUCAUUCACGGUGAGUUGACAGAAAGAAAUAAAGCUCUAGAUACUUUUCUUCUCAGAAUUGGGUAGUAAUUUAAAUUUUCGGCGUUUUCUUUUAAACCGUUGAUGCUAAAGCUUACAAAACUCGAUACAAAAGGAUUAAAACUAUCAUUUGCCAUGUUUGAAGAUACUGUAAAGAUCUAAGUUUUGCGCAUCCACUGUCGGCUUCGUGUUCACGCAUGAAUUUUCACCCGUCAAUCAAACUAAUCAUUUUUUAAUGGUUUUCUUUCUGAUUCUUUUGAGAUCACUUCGUGUGAAUAUACUAAAACAAUUAUUCACCUCAGGCUCAGUUAAUAUUGUUGAAUAAUCCCCUCGACUUCGUCUCGGGGAUUAUUCAACAAUAUUAACUUCGCCUUCGGCGAAUAAUUGUUAAAUAAGAGUACUUUUUUGGGUAUGUUAAAAUGACCUGUGGCAAAGAUGUAAUAUUAUUAUUUUGAAUUUGUCAUUAAAGUAUAAUCUUUAAGAGGAUAAUUCAACUGAGCUGUUGUGGUAGUAUCCAUAUCGUCACAAGCUCAUCAAGUUUUGCACCUUAUAGUUACCACUCACUACCCCUCCCCAUUGAAUGGACUCUCCGAAUUUGCAAUUAUUAAUAGUUUCUAAUUUUAUUUCCAGAAUUUUUACAGUUUUGAAAGUGGUAUUUAAAUUAUUCUUGUGUUAAGAAUUCAGAUCUUUUUAUGUGCAUGUAGUAGUUACAUGUAUUGCUUCCAGCUUUUUAUGAUUUGGUCCCAAAACCAUACAGUCUUUGUGAUCUCAUCUGUCAGUUCAACACAUCAAUGAAGUUUGAGUGAUUCUAGUAGCAGGAGAAAGGUGUAACAUUGCAGGAGAAUACUUCACACCUGAGUAAAAAAUAGUCAUAGGAUAGUGACCGUUAUCUGGAGAAUUCUGCGUAAUAAACAGAGAAUUGUCUAAUCUCUGAUGCCUGAUGAACACCCUGUGAUUCAGAGAAAUAUACUAAUUUUUGUCAACUAAAUUUCUCUAAGUUACAUCUAGGAAAAGUUUGAUAUAACACGUCUUUGCCACAGCAAAGAACAAACAUCAUUCUCAACAGGUUAAUGACACUAUGUGCCUUUUUUUGCUUGUAGCGGUAGCUGAGGGAGCAGCUCUUGCAUUAUUCAGCUAUGAUAACUUAAAAUCUUCAAAGAAACUUAAAGUUGAUCUACAGCUCCAUGAGCACAUCAAAGAAAGUGAACUUCGCAGGUAAAAACGACACUAAUUUUAUGCAGUUUUUUCUUUUGAAAUAUAUUCUUCUAAAAGAAUGAUAUUUAAGUUGAACUUAAGUACAUCACUUUUGAUUACUGUAUUUAUUCGAAUAAGUGCCCAACCUCGAAUUAGCACCCACCUCGAAUAAGCGCCCAUCCUAAAGGCAGAAAAAGUUAUGAAGCGCCCAGCCUCGAAUAACACCCCACCCCACUCCCUCCCACACAAACUCCAAUAAGAGAUAAUAAGAGACCCUCCCGAAGACGGAGUUUUCAUCAGAGUAUUUUACAGAAACCUUGCUUUGUUACAUCUUUGCUUUUUGUUGUUACCAUUUAUUAUUUUGUUGCAAAAUAAACAUACUACAAUUGCUGAGAAUGGUGAAAAUUUAAUAAGCGCCCAGCCUCGAAUAAGGGCCCAUCUCGAAUAAGCGCCCACUAUCAAGGUCCAACAAUUUAACAAGCGCCCAGGGUGGUUAGUCGAAUAAAUACAGUACUUUCACUUUAUACUAUCUUUUAGUAAAGAAGAAAAAUCUCGUUUACAUACAUGGCAUCAGCUUUUUCAAGAUGGUUUGUUGCUUUCUGGAGCACAAAAUUUUGCAAGGGAGCUUAUGGAGAUGCCGUCAAACCUGAUGACACCAAGGAUUUUUGCUGACAGGCUUACUCAACAACUUUCUGAUCUGGAGAAUGUAGAAGUGUAUGCUAGGUAUGUAUGGCCAUUUGCAUCGUCAAUAUUUCUCUCUAUCUUUCUCUUUUCCUGAUGAAUUUUGAAUAACUUUCCUGCUUAUAAUAUUUACAUUAAAAAGCAUACCUCCCCUGUUAAAUACUCACAGGUGAUUUGAAACAAGAUAUUUUUAACAAUAUUGCAAUCAAAUUACCUCUGACUUAAAAGUUUCAAACCCAAGCAUCAGCCUCUGAUUAUUAUUAAUUAUUAUUUUUGUACUUUUUUUCUUAUUUUUUGUAAGAGACCAGUCUUGGGCUGAGGAAAACAAGAUGGGUGCUUUUCUCAGUGUUGGUAAAGGUUCAACUGAGCCCAGUGUUUUCUUGGAAAUGAAGUAUUCUGGUGCUAAGACAAAGGAUCCAUCUCCUUUAGUUUUUGUAGGAAAAGGUAAGACCUCAUGAAACCCUGCUUGUUUUAAAAUUAAUGCUUUUAGUUACCCCUUGCCUUUCACAAAAUUAGGAAAGUGGGUAACUGGACUAUACUAUUUUCAGGCAUUUUCUUGAAGGCCUAUAUGUCACAAGGAUUUUGCUGUUUUGUUCAGCUCUGUGCUAAAGAAAUAUUCUUAGUUAUACCUUUACCCCAUACACAAAAAUUAAUGUUCCUGUAGCAUUAUGAUGGAGGUAUCAAAAUUAAUGUCAUCAGGGAACAAUAGCCAUCAUCAUUUUUUCAGUGUGUUUUGCAGGCAUAACAUUAAAACUUGAAAAAAAGUUUGAUUAAUUUGCAUACUUGCCAUCUGUUGCAGCAAACAACAGGAAACAGUUUCAAUGCCUAAUAAAAAAAAAUAUUUAUAGCAACAAGACUGGACCAUUAUUUCUGGAAUUCAUUCAAAUUGAAGACAAGUUUUAGCUUUUUAAGAAGAUUUCAAGGAGCAUGACUGAGCCCCUUUAAAUUCCCUCCUUUUUUUCAUGGUCUUCGCAGUCAUGGCAAAAAAACUAAUUUACAAUGUUUAUUUUGAUUUAAGUAGGGAGGUAUAACAAAACCUUAAUGACUGAUAGGAAUCAGUGGUAGAGGUUGUUUCUCAUUAAACCGUAAUGUUCCCUUCAGCAUUAUUGACACUCACUGUUUCUCUUGGGGCCAGACAUGAAGUGCAUUUUGUACUAACAACAUUUACUUAGAUUACUCCUCUCUUCUGUUUGCAGGUGUUACAUUUGAUAGGUAUGUUCAAUCUUGCAGUACUGGUACCCUGAAUUGACCAGCAUAACUCCCUUUAUAUUCUUACAUUUGUAUUGUUGGCUUUCAUUAGAAAAGGAUAAAAGAAGUUUCUUUUUGCUUAAGCACUGUGGUAAAUUUAUCCCAGUCACAUCUAAUCCAUUAUGGAAAUUCCCUUGUCAAAUUAGGAAUACAAUGAGUUGUUGAUUAAAAUAUGUAUAAAGAAAAAGAGAGAAUUAUUUAUGCAAUUUACAGCACACACGUUUAUAGAGAUCUUUAGUUGGCUUGAUGCCUCAGUUGGUUAUAUUAGAGCAAUGCAUUGAUCCUGCAGGAUCACUGAAUUUUUUAGGCUUGUGAUCACAGUAGAAGUAGUAGUUACAGUAGUAGUAGAAUGGUCUUUCUUCUUUCUUAAAACAUUUUAUUUGUUCAACAACUGAUAUUUAAUUUUUUUAAAAUAAUUAUUAUUGUUUGUAUUUUCCAGUGGUGGUAUUAGCAUCAAACCUGCAGCUGGGAUGGGAUUAAUGAAGGCAGAUAUGGGUGGAGCUGCGACGGUUAGUGCUGCAUUUGAAGCUAUAGCAAGACUUAAGCUGCCUAUCAAUGUCACUGCACUUACUCCACUCUGUGAAAAUAUGCCAUCAGGAAGUGCUAAUAAACCUGGUGAUGUUGUGACUGCCAUGAAUGGAAAAACAAUUGAGGUUAGUUGUAAAGUGGAUAAUUAAAAAAUAUAUACAAUUCAGCACUUUAACAAAGUGGUUUUUUAUCUCACAUUUUGGAUCAAAUUAAGAUUGGGGAAUAAUAAUGUUUUUCUUGGAGGUAUUGUCUGCGGGAUUCAAAUCUGGGCCACGUUGGUGCAGGGUGGAGCGGGAGCAAGCUAUCAAGAAAGAGUAGUUUACAUUUUGGGCUUGUUCCAAUUUUUUCGUCAAUAGUCUCAAAAGUCUGGAAAGUUCUUAUCAGAAAAAUAAUUUGUUCAUAAUUUUUGGCCAAAAAAUCUACUAGGCCAUUUACAACUUCCUGAUGUAUCAAGUUUCAAACUAAAUGCUUAUGAGUGCUUAUGAGGUGCACAAUCCUUGUGAUAGCAGUUACUGUCAGUGUUGUCAUCAAAGGAAGAUCACCAUAAUACCUGUAAUUAAAAUGAUCUGAUGGCAAACUUGACCAUUGUAUUGUUUUCCUUUCCUCGUAAUUCUUUUCUUUGUCCCCUAUAUCCAUUUGUUCAUUGGUAGAUCUUAACCCUUCAAGCCCCAAUAUCCACGUGCGAAUUCUCCAUACUGAUAUUCAUGCAUUUCCUUUAAGAUAAGUUGAGAGAGUUUAGUAAAAUAUCAACGCAUUUUUUCUUUUUUGAUCAUUUGAUUAAUUCUCAUAACCAUUUCCCUUGACAACAUAUGGAUAUUGUGAGGAGAAAAUUGAUGUUGAUGACUGUUGGAACUUAAAAGGGUUAAUUAAUUUUCUAGAUUGACAACACAGAUGCUGAGGGAAGGCUUAUUCUAGCUGAUGCUCUCUGUUAUGCCAGUAACAUGAAACCCCUUGCUAUUAUUGAUGUUGCUACCCUCACAGGUAACUGUCAGCUCUCUAAAAAAGAUUUCUUAAUCAGUUUAUUUGUCUCAGUUUUGUAAUGAUUGUAGUCAACAGACUGCUACCUAAUUUUGUUAUUGGGAUGAAACUCAAGGAUUGCGACCAUUUUCUCCAUCACUCAGUAAAUUUACCUCCAGUUGAUCUUAUGCAAGUUUUCUGCCCCAUUUUUAUGUUAAAACCAUGUGACAUCACCCAGGUUCUCCAAUGUCCCAAAGCCAUGGGAUGGACCACACGCAUUCUCUUUUGCCUCAAAACCAUGUCAUGUCACUAUUUUUUAAAUAUACAGCUGAAAAUGUACAGCUUACCUAAUUUUUAUAUUAUGCUCUUUAAGUUUGUACUAAAAUAAUGUAGUCCAAAAAGAAAUGUUUUCAUAUUUACAGUGCAAAAUGCCUAUUUUUUAUCUUUGGUGAUUAUGUCCUUGAUUCUACUUUUUAUAACUUUGAUGUUUAAUAUAUGACAACCUUAGGUGCAAUGGAUAUUGCAUUGGGACAAGCAGCAACAGGAGUGUUUACCAACUCACUUACUUUGUGGCAUCACAUCUUCCAGGUAGUAUUAUGGUGUUUUGUGAUGUAGUUGCGAGUGUUUACAGUUGAGACAAGAGACUGUAGGGAAGGGGGGAACAGAAACGAGUGGUUUGUUUUGUUCAAAGACUUCUUACUUUUUGUCUAGGCUGGGUUUAAUUGUGGAGAGAGAAUGUGGCGCAUGCCUUUAUACCAACACUACACUGAGCAGAUUGAAUCAGAUGUGGCCGAUUUGAGAAAUACUGGAAAGAAAAGGUAUGGAUGGGUGAACCUAGAUGCAGUGCUUUUUUGCUUCAAUAAUUUGGUUUGUGCCCCUUUGAACUCCAUUAAUGUGUUUUUUGUGUGCAUGGGAGGUGGAGGGUGCUAAUAAUAUGACAGUGUAUUGGUCUCAGAUUGAAAGGUCUGGGUUUGAGCCCUGGCUGGGGUAACUGUGUUGUGUUUUUGGCAGAUGUUUUCGCAGGCUAUUUUGGACAAGGCGCUUUACUCUCAAUCCACCUUGGGCCAGGUUGUUCAAAGUAGGGUUUACAUAACCCAGGGGUAGUGCAAAGUGUCAGUUCAGAUAUGAAUGCUCAAUAGGCAAAUUCAGUUUCAUUCUUUUUGUAUACAAUUUGAUGAUUUGAUACUCUGUAAAAAAAUUGCGAAAAUUAACCGGAACAAUGCUUUUGAGCAAACGAAAAAGAAAUCCAGGUUAAAAUUUAACCUUGGGUUAACACUAAUCAGCCUUCGAACAACUGGGCCCAGGUGUAUGAAAUGGAGCUGGUUAGACUUACACGGUAAUGCUAUGAGUUAACCUUGGGAUGAAGUAACAUCCCGACCAGGCCAGGGAAAGAAGAAAUAUUGCUAGUCACUUUGUGUUGCAGAAAACAGGAUGACCUAUGGAAUGAUUGGUCACUCAGCUUGAAUACAUACUUGAUGUCAACUUGAAAUUAUGUUUAUCAUAUGUUUCUUUCAUAGCAUUUACUAUUAAUUUAUGCCAGGCUAGCCUGUUAAUUUAAUUUGAUAAUUGUAUAAAGUAAUUUAACUAAUAAGCUGCAUGAAAAUACAUAGAAACAAUUUAGAUAUUUGUUUACAUAGUAAAUAAAUUAAAUGGAAUGUACUGUUUGUCCAAACUGCAUGAUGGUGAUGAUAACAUUGUGUUCAAAUGUACCAAUAACCAGGUGUUUGUUUCAAGCAUGCAGUGAGAAUCGGAAACAACCAGCUGGUUUUAUUUGGACAUGAUAUUCUGUAUAAAUGCUAGUAUUAUCACAACACUGGUGAUGGAAAAAUACAGGAUAAUACUUCUGUUAGUUGUAGAGAGAGUGCACUAAAAAUAAUAUUAUCCGUUAGUUACAAGUCUUGGUCUUGUCAACAGUAGCAGAGUAUGUAUGUAGCCAAUAAUUAUUGACUUAAAUUAUUUACACACAUUAUAUUAAUUUUUUAGACUUUAUUGAAGUAGUUAUAAUUUUUGUCAAAGGACCAAUUUAGUGAGGUAUACUAUGCAACCAAGCCUUUUAGUGGAAUCAAGGCUGGUAGUGACUUUAUUUUGGUAUAAGCUUCAUUGCCAUUCAUAUGCCUAGGAACAUAACACGAGUAAACCAAUACCCUGGUCCCAGAGGUUUUUCUUGAUUUUUCUUCGCGAAAGAGAUCAACAGCAAGCCGCGAAGCGGCGACAACGAGUCGCGUAAGCGACGAGGAGACAGAGAAAACCUCUGGUUACCUUUGACCUCGAAUCUCACUUCGCAUGCAGACGACAGCUGUCAAACGCGUCAAAUUGCUAAUAAAAAGAGUGACCAAUGGCAACUUAGCAAACACGUGCUUAUCAGCCGCUAUUUUUUUAAGUCGGGGUAGACCUGGGGAAAUUAUGUUGUGAACAAACCAUCUUCACUUGGGUGGUAAAGCAUGUGUUAACAAUGGGCGACAAGAGUCCAGGAAUGAGAAGACCACUUUAUAAAGAAACCGACAUUGUUCCAAACGAAUGCUGCAGGAUUUGCAGAAUUUAUUUGGGUAUAAUAACAAGGAUUUUUCACAAACAUUGUCAUCUGUUCUGUCGGCAGUCUGCCGGCGGGAAGUUGUAAAGUUUGCAAGAGUCUAUCAAUCGCGCCUAUUACAUUGUUUACUUCUGCGGGGCGCGCCGUUCGCGUCGAUUCGCGGGCAUUCCCCUGAAAAUAGUAAUAUUAAUAUGUAUUCUGGCAAUCUGGCUCGCAUUUGGUUUGUUGUCCAUUUUUUUUGUGAACAGCGACGCUAGGAAGAGUCAUGCAGCACAACAAUCCCUUAAGGCUGGAAUGUACUUUCAGAGGUUUUGUUAAGUUCAUUAGACCUAUUCACAUCUCAAUGUACCCAAUUCAAACCCUUUGGGAAUAAAACGUUUUGUUUCAGGAAUUUCCAUAUCAUUUAAAUCUGAAUGCCACAUUAUAAUGCAAAUGCAAUACAAAGAAUCUUAUCCCCGGAGAUUUGAAUUGGGUACAACAUUGAGUUAGCUGAAUAGGUCUAUGCCAAAAAAUAGUCGGUUAGAUCUUUUUGGGCGUCAAGGAAAAUCAAGCCGCACCGAAAAUGAUUACGCACUUUGCAAAGUUGUAUGUUUUUUUUCCUACAAGGAAACUUUCAUUCCGUAUUCGGAGAUUUUUUAUUUUGCUGCCCCAAACAAGUUAGUUUAUUUAAUGGAAUGACAGUAUUGUAACAGAAAAUAUACUUUCCAUGUCCGGUUGAUAAAAUGGUGAACACAUCCUUUCGACUCAACGCAGCGAACAAAGCUUUCUUUGUUGCUCAGUGAGACUCCGGAAAGCGCUCAUUAAGUACCGAGGUCAAAAUUUCUUCUGAAUAUUCUUUCAGGAACAACAUCCAUGGCGUGCCUCUACGUGCCUUGGUCCUGCAAAUGUUAUUGCGAGUGCAGCAUACAAACAAUUUUCUUCCUAGUAGAGAGAGGCAAAAAAAGAGGUGUGAAAAUCUUCCUCAGCGUCCCUCGGUAGUUACAAUUAAACGAGCCAAUCAAAUUGGUUUGCGCGUUUGAAAAAUAUCAACCAAUCAACGCCCGAGGGUCAGAUCCUGACCCUGUCGUCUGCAUGGAAGUGAGAUUCGAGGUCAAGGUAACCAGAGGUUUUUCUGUCUCUCCUCGUCGCUUUCGCGACUCGUUGUCGCCGCUUCGCGGUUUGCUCUUGAUCUCUUUCGCGAAGAAAAAUCAAGAAAAACCUCUGGGACCAGGGUAGUAAACCAACUGCAAAAUAGCUAAUUUUGUCUGCCAUUUACAUUCAUUGGUUUGAUGAAAUACGGAGGGAAUAGAACAUGUACAUGAUACAGAAUGGUAAUAGUUUGGGUUUUAGUGGAGUUUACUUAACUUUUAACCUUUUGGAACUUGUAUGGGGUUCCAAGAAGAUAUAGAUCAUAAGUAGAUGCCUCUUAUUUAGAAAAUAACAUGACAUAAGAAAAGUAUAGAUGUAUUUAUCAUGGUGGUCCACACAGGAUACUUUCAAAGCAUCCCUUUUUCAUAUUACUGCUCAUAUUUUUGAACUUUUUGGAAGUAUUACUAUAAUGUUCCAAUCUGUUGAAGUUAUCAUGUCUUAACAUUUCCUGUCAAGCCAUGGUAGCUAUCAGCUGGGUUUGUGCAUGAUUAGACAUUCAAGUAUGAGCUGAUACUGAAAUGAGGCCUGCUGCAUGCACAUGUAUGCAGAUUUAUGUGACAUCUACCGGUAGAAUGUCCUGUCCUUUUAUUGAACCUGUUUACCAAAAUACUAAAGAUUACUGUGGUUGUUGUUGUUGUUGCUGUUGCUAUCGCAGCUGCUUACUUACUUGGUUUCAUUGUAAGUGUGUUAACUUUACAUGAUAUACAUUGUAAUUAUUCACUUUGCUGCAACACUGCAACUAUUGCUGGGGUAUUUUUGUAAUUGCUUCAAUGCUGGGGUGGCAAUUUCGUGUCAAAAUUAUUCCAAUUUAAAACAGUAUUUUCAGUGAUAAUGUUUUUGUGUGUGUUUGUGUGUUCCAUUGAAAUGGUUUGAUCUGUUCCAACUCUGCGUUGGUGAUAAAAUUAAAGAAUUCGUACCAAAAACGUAAGUUUAAGCUGUAUACGCAUGUUUUCUCAGCCUGCAAAAAAGGGUGCUUAUGUAUACAGUUAAAUCAGGUUGGACACCUUAAGUUUACUACACAAACCUAUACUCGUCGUAGGGAACCAUUUAUGCCAAGUUAUUGGACACAUUUUUUGAGAAAAGUGGGGAAAUCAGAGUAAGAGACAGUUAUGCAAGGAAAAGAGUUGAAUAUAGGGUUUAGCACUCUGACUGAAGUACAGUGAUUAGGGCUAAGCACUCUUUUGAAAACGGUUGGCUUUCAGUAAUGUAAAAAUCAAUGCCAUAUAAAGUACGUUAAAAUUAACCGGUUUCGGCAGUUAGCCCUUGAUGGUUUAGAGGAUACGGAUGUGGAUUAUACUUCAAAUGUUGCGGGUUCAAGUCCUACAUAUACUACCUACUGUUUUCUUGCAUUUUCUUUCUUAUCUUAGAACUCCUAUCAUGUAUUUUAAGUGAAGAUAACAACCUGAUUUUGGGGGUAUCCAUUCUAGUCACAAUCAAAAUAAAAUACAUCAGAGACCGACAUAAGCUCUACCAUUGAGCGGCAAUAUUGUACAGGAGACUUGUGGGAUUCAAGGCCGAGUAGGUUCAUGAAACAAGCGUCGUCGGUUGUAUACCAUUUACAUUGGCAAACCAGUCGGUUCUUGGUUUGGGCAAAUACUAAGCAAACUCAAGACUGGUAAAUUUCGUGCCGGAAUCGCGUUUACCAUUUUCACUAAUCAGUUUUACUACCAAAAAGCUGGAACUGGUAUCAGAGACGGCUUUGAAGAAAUGGAACACAAAUUUUCGUUUGGAACAUUCCGACCGGGAAAACAGGACUACCUUUGUAGAUGUUGCGUUGCUCCUGAAAUUUUUCCGCCGAAACGACCCGAAAAGUCAUGUACUAUUUACUUUUCAACCGGAUUAUCCGGAAACUUUUUGUAAAUGGUAAACCACCGUCCUGUAUUCUGGAAUGGGGUAGAAUGUUGAUAGGUGGCAUCAGGCUUUUAGCCAGACAUUGAAAACUGGCCGUCCAGAAUUCACGUUUUCCCGUAAACGUAUGAGAGAUUAGGUGAAUUUUCAUUGUGUUUCUUCCAAAAAUGGGCGUCCAUAGGACGUCUGAACACCCUUCUGGCUAAAACCUUGGGUGCAUCUAUAUUUGUAAUCAUAAAAAAAACUUGAUGGUGAUUUGCCAAGUAACCUGUAUAUUGGUGUGUUGAUCACCACAGACUAACAGAGUUUCUUGGUUUAUUUCCUAGGUAACUCUGUUAGUUUGUUUUGACAAUCACAUGCUUUUUCUGAGUGCAUGAAUGUGUAGUUAUUAUUAUCGGAAUGAAUCAUAGUAUAGGUAGAAUUGUGAAUUUUUUGGGAGGCACCAUGUGCAAGUAAUUACCCAUUGGCCUACCAACUACCAUUUUAAAUUGAACAUGUAUGUAAUAUAAAAGGUGUCCUUUUGUUUCAGGGGCGGAAGGGAGAUGUAAAGCGGUGAUGUAAAGUCAAUAGUAACAUUGAUGUAAUGUGUCCUAGUCCAUUUGAAACUUGCCUCUUGAAGGGAAUAGACUGUUCAUAGACCCUAUCGUACAGUAAGAUCGUCAUGAUCAAGCGCUUACUUUCAAUGUACCAAGGUGAUGGGAGUAGGAGUUGCAACUUUGGAUGUAAGAAUUGUAGGGCACAUAUUUGGUGCUUUUGAGUUGUGCCAACACUUGCAAUGAAAAUAGUCUUCGCAAAUACAAUCGCUACCGUUGGAUGCGACAGCCUACAGCAUAGAAACUCUGCGUCAGCAGCUAUUAUAGCACCUCCUCUCUUUCCUUUAUGCCCAUCUACCCCGACGCCCAGCUCCUCGGUACAUUUAAUAGUAAGAAUGAUCGCUAUGAACAAGUGUCUAUGAAUGUGUAUAGUUUUGUACCCUGACAAAGGCAGGAAUGCCAAAACGUCAGUAUAAGAUCUCGAUUUUACAAUUUUCAAAUGAACAUUAAGUAACUACGCUGCGCAGGGAUUUUAAUCUUUAUGACACAAGUCUAUGAAGGAAAUCCUUGUACCGGCACUGCUCUUCGGUGUUAUAACCGGUAAGCUCCCUUAAAGGAGCAUACUAAUUUUCUUCGUGAUACAUGUUGAUCAUCUUUGUUUCAAUAGAUCGGCUGGUGCGUGUACCGCCGCUGCUUUUCUUAAGGUAACAUACUGUUUAAUCACUGUAGUUAAUAGAAAACUAACUUUGUUGGAGUCAGUAUUACAAUAAUAGUACAAUUACCGAAUAUCCGCAAUUAAGAAUAAGACGUAAUAACUAAUCACCUUGAGCGCCUUGUAAGUGAGAGGCCUUGGGCAUAGAAACGGUUCUCCUCGAUAUUGAAUGAUACCAACUUAAACCCAGGGUGUCUAAAAGCCGACAAGCAUUGUGACCCUGGGAACAAGGUUGGGAUAGUAACUGGGCUCCAUGGAGUUCUUACGCGCUCGGUCAUGGUUUUUAAGGUGGCCGAGGAGUAAGGGCAUUGUCCAAUUUAACGCACAUAUCCUUUGUUUGAACCAGCUAAAAAUUAUUGUGGUCACUAGCGUGAUCAGCUCUUAGUAACCUCAUAACAAUUGUAAGGUUGAUUUAAGGUAAUACAAGUAUCCUCUUAUGGAAAGUGUCCUAUUCACUAUUUUCACAUAGACCAUAAUGCACCUUGUUUACCCGCCAAAAAUUUGCAUAAGCAUUGUUUUUUAUUUCUCUUGGGACGACGUAUGCAAAAUUCUGGGGGUAAACAAGGUGCAUUAUGGUCUAUAUGAUAAAUAGUGAAUUAGGGAAAGUUCGACGGUAAAUUACAAAAGUUACACAUAACAAAUGAGCUCUUUUUACAGAGUAUGCAUUUUUUUGCAUUACCGAAAGUGCUAUUAAAAAAAGCAGAUAGUGUGCGAAGAGUUAACCUUUCCGCACAUAAGUAGUUUGUUUGUUUGCAGUGGUAAGAUAAAUGUGUAAUAAUAAUUUGUAAUUGAAGGAAUUUGUGGACGUAAAACACUGGGCCCAUUUUGACAUUGCUGGUGUGAUGGAUAACAGUGCAAAUGCUGUUCCAUAUCUAAACAAGGGAAUGUCAGGUACUAAGAGAAUAUAAUAAUAAUUAUAAGCACUUACUGGCUGAUCCAAAGGGAAACAUUGUGGCCCUUUGGGAAACAAGACGCGAAGUACCGGUAAACGCGGAAACAAAAGGGAAAGAAGAAGAGAGUGUCAGCCUCGCCGUUGUUGUUGUUGUUUAUUUCGCUCUUCUCCUCAUCUGAGACCGUCCUGAAAUAGCCUAAAGCAAGCCUUUAAGUUGACUGACGAAACAUUGAGAACUUCAAAGCACAGAUGAUGUACGCUGCUCUUAUUUGAUCAGUGAUAUAGUUAGAUCCCUGUAGUUCCGCAGGAUUAUCGCGCGGCAUGUUUCUGUCUCAUGCUGGCGAACGAGGCAAACUUCUCCCUGGCGUGUUUGCCUCGCUCACUCACAUGUCACAUGCUCGCCCGCUUGACACUCCUGUUCGACUGCUAUUAGUCUAUGAUGCAUUUUCAUUUAGUUAUUUAUCAAUUGACCGUUACUUGAACUGUAACUCAAGCUAGUAUCAAAUUUAAAGUGGGUUAUAGUAUUAAAAAUAUGAAUCACAUCAUUUUAGGGCGACCGACAAGAGCACUUGUGGAGAUAGCAAGACGCCUUUCAGUCAACAAACUUGACUGAAGUGGAUGUAGUGUUAACUACAGAAAGUUAACUCCUCAAAACAAGGCGUGGAGCAAACUGUCAGCACGAAUAAUGACUUAUGAGCGGGGAAUCGCGGAAUAACAUGAGUGGAGUUAUCCUGUGAACAGACCCCAUCCUCUGUCGAAAUUGAGAAAAAAGUACAAUGAAUUCUACCAAGACAAAAUCCUCGAGAUCUUCUCGCUUCCAGUCCCUAACUCCGCACAUUUUGCUUUAAUUGUGGUACGAUACUCUCACUGCACAUCUAUUACUCCGUCUUUUACGGGCAAUCUUAGCUCUUGGAGAAAGGCGAAGUCCAGGGCAACAGACGUGCGUUACCCUCUUUCAGGUUAGGUGAGAGCGGCAAAACCUAGGCGUCACUUUCAUAGCUCCGUCAGACAUACCAAGAGUCUACAAGAGUCACGUUAUUUAAAGCUUUAUCCGCGAUUCAGCUAGCGUGUUCCAGGCUUCAGAUAGUGGGGGAACACGCGAAAGAAAAAGGCACGCUCCCCAGUUUCCCUCCGUUUUAUUUUCGUGUUUGCGCUUUCUCAAUUCAGCGGACCCGACUAUCUCGGAGUCUGGAAUAGGCUACGAUACAGCAUGAAACAAGCUUUCAAGUCCAAGGCGAUGAAAUUUAAAGCCGAUUAUCGUCGCUUUCCAGUGUACGGUUCCAUUUUCUGUGCAGUUAAAAGAGCGUCUAGUCUUUAGCGUUCAUCGAAUACAAAUUCAAGAAAAGAGGAGGAUGCAGUAGUAUCCUUGUUACUGCAUCUGGGAGAUACGAACAUAUUCGUAUGAAAUGCCUGAGCCCUGAUGUUACUAUUAUUUUAAUCUCUUUACAGAACAUUGUCACAAAAUUCCUAGUUAAUUUCAGACCUCUUUGUGAAUAGUAGUUUACAGAGAUUUGAUAUCUAACGUUACAGGUAAUACAUUAUUUUCACUCGUCCUUAUUGCGAA